ACAUGAAAUAAAUUCCAAUACUAUAUGUCCCAUUUUAUGUAAUUCAAACCCAAAACUUUUACAUGUACCCUAAAAAUAAUUGCAAUAUAACAUUAUUAGCAAAUGUAGUAAAAAGGAAUUCUAAGUAUUAUCAAGGAAAUUGAUCAAUCCAAUUCUCCUUACAACUUUGUGAAUGAUUUGAUGUAAUUUUCACUGAUAUUAUAAUAUUCUUCAUAGGACAAUGCUAAUCUUUGCAUUCAUCGCCAAAGCAAUGCCCAACACAAUUCAAAUGUUUCUUAGUAGUCCUCGUGUUGCACCCUUUAAAAAAAAAAAAAAUGUUUCUUAGUAUCCAAAACGCCGAGCAUAGUUUUUUGUUUAAUGGUUCAUUCUCUGCCAUGGGGGAAAGCGAUUACGGUUUCGAAAACGCCAAAUUGUCCGUCGUUUUAAUGGGCAUCGGAUCGGCAGCCUUGGUGGUAGCAAUCUACCAUUGCAUCGCCAUGGGGUGGUGCCGCCGUGAUACCCAAAUCCCAAGGCCACAACAAGCACGGCGUCGGCAACCGCAACAUUCUUUUAGGCAUGAAAUGUCGGCGGUACCAAGCUCGGAGAUUUCAGCAGCCCAACUCAUCCCGGCCCAUAAGUACCAAAAGGGCAUGGGCUUGGUCGAUGACGACGGAAUGUGCGCGGUCUGCUUGUCUCAGUUCGAAGAGGGUGAAGAGUUGAGAACGUUGCCGGAAUGCCUGCAUUCGUACCAUGCACCCUGCAUUGAUAUGUGGCUCUAUUCUCAUUCGAGUUGCCCCAUGUGCCGCACCGACGCCACGCCGUCUCCGUCACAGCAAAUAUUCCAUAAUCGACCGGAUUCGGAUUCGGGUUCUGUGCGUUUGGAUUCAGGUAUGUUGCAUAACAUUGUACAAUCACGGACAACGUGAAAGAACUUCUACUCAAUCUUUGAAGUUCCAAGAUUCAGAAUUAACAGUCAUUUGAGUUGCAAGAACAUGGCACUGUUUCACCUCCUCCAACUUUCUACUCAUCUUUGUGGCCAAAUACUACAGCUGCAUGCAUGAAUUCAAGAGAAAUAUUCAUUGACAUGUUUCCAGGGUUACAGCAUCUAAGGCUGUUCAAUCAAUAUGACUGACUGAAUUAUGGGAUUUUCUUCAUAUGAAAACCAUUAAUCUCAUGUUAUAAGGCAUGGGUUUUUCCAGGGAUGCAAUAUCAAGACAGUUCAAUCUAUUUGAAAAACCCAUUAUUCUCAAGUUAUAAGGCAUGGGAUUUCCUUCAUAUGAAAACAGCAUUAAUCUCAAAAGAAAAAUAAAAUUCUUAUUCUAAAGAUAGAAAUUGUUCCAGCUACUCAGCCCUCGGGAAUAAUCCAUUAUUAGGUGAGUUCGUUUCAGAGGACAACAAGACAGAAUUCAGCACAAGAGGUAGAAAAGUUCCAUCAUGCAGCAAAUUCUUUCCAGGGGAUUCAACAUGAUUAUAAGAAUCGUUGAUACAAAGGAUUUAGCUGCCAUUUAAAGAAGCUUCAGCCUCUUAGUCUCAACCUUCACACUGGCUCCAAGUUACUGACUAGCAACAUAAUUUUGCAACCAAUUAGAGGAGCUGCAGAAGACUUGAUCAAUUUGGGGGCACUUCUCUAUUUCCAUUAUACAUCAUUUCCUUGAAUCUUCCUUAUGUUCUAUAGCAUAAAAGGACAUGAGACAAGCACUAAUGACUAGCAAAUAUAAGCAAUUAAGCACUAUUUAUAAGGAUUCAGCUCAAGAGUCAAGUGUAAAGACCAUAUCAACUCAAGCACCAUCUCUACCAAAACAAAGAAUAAGAAAAAGGGUACAUAGAUUAGUAAGAGAAGUCAUUUCCUGUAUCAUAAAUCCAGGUUCUACCAAGGAAUUUUUUUUUUUUUUGAAAAUUAAAGAAGAUUCAUUGCAUCUAGAACUCUUUACAUACAAAAGAAGCAAUACUCAACCGAGAGAUUUUCAGUCUAGAAACUGCCAGAAGACCGACUUACAAAAAACAGCCAUGGUCAAAGCCCUGAGAAACAAAACAUCACACAGCAUUUAAGUUCUCAAUCCACGGGAAAAUGCAAUCAAAAGACACCAAAAGCCUACAAAUGACCCCAGCCAGGAAUCCAUCAGAAAACCUCAGGAAAGCAGGACAUGUAAGAAAAGCAAACAAAACCUCUGGGACUGUUUUCCCCUCUUACACCUCCAGACACACUUAACUGCAUCAAGAUAUUAUGAACACCGCCCAAGGAAAAUUGAACACCCAAAGAGUGGGAGUUUAUAGAUAGCAGCUACAGCAUCAGUUUGUAGAAGAACACAUCAUGCAUCAUAGAUCAACCAUGCCCUUUAAUUUCCAGGGAAAACAAAAAAUUUUGGCAUGAUACACAGAAUUGAC